GGCCGUAGCCUUCAACUGGGGCCGAACUGUGUAAGUCGUUGCGGCGCGCAGCCGGGAUUGUUCACUGCGCUCGUUGGGCUGCCGGGUUUCUCUCUGCCCGCCUCUCUGACACGCGCCGACAGCUUCUCUGCUCUCUGCAGCGCCCCGACCUGCGGCCGGACGGGGGAUGCGCAGCCCGCCAGCCCCUGGGAGCCAGGGCAGUGAGGUCCCAGGCCCCACCUUUGCUGAUGGCGAGCUCAUCUCCAGGGAGCCUGGCUUCUUUCCUGAGGACAAGGAGGAGGUUAUGACGCUGGCCCCGCCCGAGGAGUUGGACAUGGACAGCCCUAUGGAGAGCGCCCAGAGCCUGGAGGGAUCGGUCGGGAGUCCAGCCGAGGAGAAGGACGGGGGGCUUGGGGGCCUGUUUCUGCCAGAGGACAAGUCCCUGGGACAUACUCCAUCCAUGACGACGUCAGACCUCUCCACACACUCCACCACCUCGCUCAUCAGCAAUGAGGAGCAGUUUGAAGACUAUGGGGAGGGAGAUGAUGUGGACUGUGCCCCCAGCAGCCCCUGCCCCGAUGAUGAGACAAGGACCAACAUCUACUCGGAUCUGGGGUCUUCAGUGUCUUCCAGUGCGGGGCAGACACCUAGGAAAAUGCGGCACGCGUACAACAGUGAAUUGCUGGAUGUUUAUUGCUCUCAGUGCUGCAAGAAAAUCAACCUGCUGAAUGAUUUGGAAGCCCGGCUGAAAAACCUAAAGGCCAACAGCCCCAACCGAAAGAUCUCUAGCACAGCCUUCGGACGGCAGCUCAUGCACAACAGCAACUUCAGCAGCAGUAACGGCAGCACUGAGGACCUGUUCCGGGACAGUAUCGACUCCUGUGACAACGACAUCACAGAGAAGGUGAGCUUCCUGGAAAAGAAGGUGACAGAGCUGGAGAAUGACAGCCUGACCAAUGGGGACCUGAAGAGCAAGCUGAAGCAGGAGAACACUCAGCUGGUGCACAGGGUGCACGAGCUGGAGGAGAUGGUGAAGGACCAGGAGACCGCGGCCGAGCAGGCACUGGAGGAGGAGGCGCGGCGCCACCGUGAGGCCUACAGCAAGCUGGAGAGAGAGAAGAGCACCGAGAUCGAGCUGCUCAACACACGGGUGCAGCAGUUAGAGGAAGAAAAUACAGAGCUUAGAACGACAGUGACUCGGCUCAAGUCGCAAACAGAGAAGCUGGACGAGGAGCGGCAGCGCAUGUCCGACCGGCUGGAGGACACCAGCCUGCGGCUCAAGGAUGAGAUGGACCUGUACAAGCGCAUGAUGGACAAGCUGCGGCAGAACCGCCUCGAGUUCCAAAAGGAGCGGGAGGCGACACAGGAGCUCAUUGAAGACUUGCGGAAGGAACUGGAGCAUCUGCAGAUGUACAAGCUGGACUGCGAGCGGACAGGCAGGGGCCGCAGCUCGUCAUCCAGCCUGGGCGAGUUCAAUGCCAGGGCCCGCGAGGUGGAGCUGGAGCAUGAGGUCAAGCGGCUCAAGCAGGAGAACCAUAAGCUGCGGGAUCAGAAUGACGACUUGAAUGGACAGAUCUUGAGCCUCAGCCUCUAUGAAGCAAAGAACCUCUUUGCUACCCAGACCAAAGCCCAGUCUCUGGCUGCGGAAAUAGACACAGCUUCGCGUGAUGAGCUAAUGGAAGCCCUGAAGGAGCAGGAGGAGAUCAACUUCCGCCUAAGACAGUACAUGGACAAGAUUAUCCUCGCCAUCCUGGACCACAACCCCUCUAUCCUCGAGAUCAAACACUGAGACAAGGGGGCUGGCUGCAGAGCAGCCUCGGGACCCAGGGACCAAGGGACAGACACUGCCUGAGGAUGCGGGCCCAGAGCCCGGCCCUCACACUCACACUGUAAAUGUAUCUCUGGCCACCAUGCGUGACGUGUACUGGUGUAUGUGUGGGGCGGCCUGUGCUCGAGCAUGGUCUUGUGGUUGUGGGCUCUGCUCACGGCACGUGGAUGGUACCUGCGCGGUUAGCUGUUCACGCACUUUGUGAUACCUUUGCAAGGGGCAGAGGGUGCUGGAGGUGGGAGGUGGCAAGGUCUUCUAUCCUGAGUUACUGUAAUAACAAGAACUGGAUGCUUGUGUUUUAGAUACUGGAUAAAAUGAUUCUACCUCUGGGGAUAAGGAUUAAAAAAGUACUCUGAGAGAGGGCCUUUUACCCUACCCUGUCCCCCCCGGGAUAGGAGCAAAAUUAUCAUCUCUUCUGGAGUUUGAAUGCUUAACAGCUGUGUCCUCGCCAACCUCUUUGGCCUGGAUCAGGCCACCUCUCAAGCCCAGGGGUUCAAGCUCAGAGGGGAGGAGGGUGCUCCCCAAGCAGGGUCACUGUUCUGGUGCCCUCUGUGCCACGUGCACAGUGUGGCCAGAGGAUGAUCUGCAGAGGACCUGAGGCUGCAGAAUACAGCUUCACUCUGCAGAGUUCCUGGCAUUUUUUACAUUCUCCAGGCACUUCCUCAUCCCUGCUUACCUACCUCCCCUUUCUGUUUUCUUUUUACGACAAUGAGAAAUAAGCAGCAUUCACUUGGGUAUAAAAUGGAAAGAGAAAAGGGGGUUGAUGGAUGGGGGUGUCUAAGGCAGCUGUUGGCACUGGGCAACCAAAGAAGUGAUUGUCAGGGAGGAGAGGGGUCCACGUGCCUGUCAGUUCCUCCCCACAGCAGCAUUGUAAAAGAGACACACAUAGGACCAUCUUGCCCACAGACUUCGCAGGCUGUGAGCUGGCCCUGUUCUCCACGCAGCCUGAGGAUGGCAGGCCUUGGGUUUGGAUUUUCAAAAUCUGAGCUCUGGGCUCAGCUGGGUAACAGGAGCCCUUCGUUCACUUUGAGAAACACACCUGUGUUCCGUUCUCAGCCAGGGGAUGACUGCUGUGCUGGUGGGGAGACACAGUUGGGGAAACCUUAGUCUUCCAUCCUCUGACACGAGAGAUUUUUAAUGUGCUCUUUUGUAGACACGUUGCAGGUAGAUAUGGUACUGUCUUAGUUAAUUUAGUGCUGCUGUAACAGAAAUACCACAAGUGGAUGGCUUUAACAAACAAACUUCUUUUUUCAUAGUUUAGGAGGCUAAAAGUCCAAAUUCGGGGUGCCAACUCUAGGGGAAGGCUUCCUCUC